UAUCCCCAACAAAAGCAUCCCUCAUUUGUUCUUCUGCGAUAUCACUUCUAUUUCUCCCUCCUUUCACAAGGAAGGGUGUAGAAGAAUCCACCAUAAUAGCUCUAUAACCAGAAUAAAAAAAACAUUUAAAUCUCAUAAUCAAACGAAAGAAAGAAAACCAAAUGGGUAUCAAAUUCUUGUUGAUCCUUGGCCUCUUGGCCCUGGCCGUAGUCGCCGAAUCAGCCAAUGCCACGUGGGGUCUGACCAAAUCUUGUGUCAAUGGCCAAGGUUGCAUUGGAGAGGAUGAUGAGCUUGAGUCCUUGAUGGAUUCUGAGGCCAACCGUCGCCAACUAGCCGCGAGGCGCAGUUACAUCAGUUACGGUGCCCUGAAGAAGAACAAUGUGCCGUGCAGCCGACGUGGCCGGUCUUACUACGAUUGCAAGAAGAGGAAAAGGGCUAACCCUUACAGGCGUGGCUGCAGCGUCAUCACGCAUUGCUACAGGCAAACUUCUUAAUCUCAAGAAGCAUUUAUACAAACAAUAUGGUUGAAGAAGCGAGAGGGCAAAGAAUGCAAAAUGAAUACAAACAAUAUACAGCCAGUUCUUCUACGUAUAGUUUCUUGAUAUUGCCACCUUUUGUUCCUCAUCUUUCUUUUUCAUUUUAUUUAUAAUCAUGGUGCAUAAACGCUCAUUUCAUAUGUUGUUCUUUUUUAUAUAUAUAUAUUUAUGGAGAAAUUGUUGUAUUUUGCUUGUGUCUAUAAUUAAGUGGUAAUGUUUCCA